AUACAUCAUUCCUUUUUGCACUGGAAAAUAAGCAUUUACAGAAAUAAAGAUUUUGAAUGGCAGUUUAUUAUGUCAGUGAAAGUCAGUCAGUUUAUUCUGUUAGCUGCGUUCUAAUUUCUAGAGACCCUUGUGUCAAGUUUUCUCUGGGCCCAAACCAUCCUCCUACACAUUUUAUAGGCAAAGUUAUAAUUGUGGAGAAUCUCUUUAAAAAGUAUUGUAUACUGUCUUACCAUUAAGACCAACUUAAAUUUAAUAAUAUACACAGGUGACACACUUGCAUUGUUCGAUUGUAUUGUUGAGCCUGUGCUGGUGACAUCAGAACUUUGGAGCAAAAACAUUCAAAUUUGGAUGGCUAAAAACACUUUCAACAUUAGAUAUUGUAUUGGAAAAAAAUGAGUGCUAUUAUGCCAAAGGUUGUGCGAAUGAGCAGGGAGUGAGAAUGUAUGUGAAAAAUAAUUAAUACUUCAAAGUAGAGUCAAAUCUCUAUCCGCACUUCAUUUUUAAAAAAGAUCCAUCACAUUCUAAUUUUAGUGCAAAACAUGUUGAACAGCAAUGGCUUUUUUCUUUAAUAAAUUGUAUUUAUAAGAGUAGUUUUAAUGAUGAUUGAUGUUCAUUCUUACUCAAGUAAUUAAGUAAAUACAGGAAUUUACAUUUUACCUUCAGGUCUGUUUUUCCAUCUCAUUUUUCUGAAUUAUGGUGUACACUUUAGAAAACAUACAACAGAGUGUUUUCCUGUGAGAAAGGUUUUCAAGAGCAAUACUUUUAGGAAACUAAGAUCCCUUCUUGAAACAUGUUUUUCUAGGAGAGUAAUCGACUACAUAGUGUAUGAAUGCAGGUACAGUGGGUGAAAUAAGUAUUGAACGAGUCAACAUUUUUUUUCAGAUAUAUUUCCAAUCAGGUUAUUCACAUGAAAUUUUCACUAGACUUUGGUAUUAACUCAAGAAAUCCACACAUAUAAAGAAUUUACAACAAUAAAGUCCAAAAAAAUGUUGUAUAAUAAAGUGGAAUGACACAGGAAAAAAGUAUUGAAUACACUAACUGAGAUUUAUUUAAAUACUUAGUGGAGAAGCCUUUGUUUGUAAUGACAGCUUCAAGACGCUUCCUGUAUGAAGAAAUUAAAUGGGCCGCAGUAUUCAGGUGUGAUUUUGGCCCAUUCCUCUAAACAUAUUGUCUUUCAAUCUUGUUCAAUUAGUUUCAAGUCAGGUGAUUGACUGGGCCAUUCUAACACCUUUAUUCUUUUUCUCUGAAACUAAUUAAGAGUUUCCUUUGCUGUAUGCUUUGGAUCAUUGUCCUGCUGUAAGGUCCGCCCACGUCCACGUCAUAUUGAAUAUCUAGAGCACUACAUAGAGGGCAGACUCAGGCACGUUAUUACCUAUGUAGUGCACUAGUAUAAGAAUUAUUGAGGCAUUUGGCAUUCUUACAAAUUUUCCCAAGUACUUUCGGAAAAGUAGGAUUUCUUUAACUUUAUAUUCAGGACUUUUCUUCUUGGAUGAGAAGGUUAUUUCCUACAACUCUGGGGAUUUUUAGCUUUCUUCUACCAGCUACUCAGAUGACACAUAUAUUUGUAUAUGGCACUCUUAAAAAGGGCCAACCCAACCACUAUAGGAUGCUGGACUCUACCAAAGGCAAUGCCAAGUUACUUGGCUGUGCUCGCACUGUUGAAAAAUACCCCCUGGUGAUAGCAGACAAGCACAAUAUCCCCUUCCUCCUCAACGUUCCUGGAGAGGGACAACGUGUCCAGGGGGAAAUCUACAGUGUGGAUGAUCCAAUGCUGAAGUUCCUUGAUUGGUUUGAAAGCUGUCCACAAAUGUAUCAGCGAACACAGGUCCUGCUUGAAGUUGAGGAGUGGGUUGGAGAAGGAGAGGGAACACCUCAAGUGGGCAGUACCACUGAUGCCUUUGUGUACAGUACAACCACUUACAAACCUGAGUGGCUCCAGUAUCCUACUUUCGAGAGCUAUCAUGCAUAUGGGGAUCACGGUCUGCAGUAUGUGACUCGAGAAGACAGAGACUCUGACUGAUAUGUAAUUUGCUGGCUAUCUUUGACAGGUUCCUCUGCAGAGAUACACACAGCCAUACAUCAUUCCUUUUUGCACUGGAAAAUAAGCAUUUACAGAAAUAAAGAUUUUGAAUGGCA